GCGACCCUCACCAGUUGAUUAAAACCCAGGUACCUACUUACUGCUAGUUAAACAGGGACAGCAGGUGUCUUAAGGAAAUAUACUCCAGUGUUUCCAGUGUGUGAGCUGAGUGUGCUACCGACUGAGUUAUGGGGACACCUGACCUCACCCUCCUAGAAUCAUGGCUCAGUUGGUGGCAUCCUCAGCUCAGUUACUGAGUGUCUGUGGUUUAGUCCCUGGCACAGGUGGAAAUGUUGAACGUGUCUCCUUAAACCUGUUGCCCCUGUUCAUCUAGCAAUAAAUAAACCGACUUGGGUUGCAUCCUGGGAAGAUUAAAGGACCCCCAAAGGAAAUAUGACAGUCUGAUGAUGCGCAGACUUUACUGGAUUAUCCUGGGUGGAUAACCCUUCCAGUUAGAAAUCCGAACAAAAUCCCAUUUUAACCUGAUUGCCUCCCACAACCCCUAAGUGCUGUAUGACUUCUACGACUCUACCAGUUUCCAUUGAAAAUACACGUGAUAAUAAUUAUCUUUUAACAGGAACAUUUAUAAGUGUUGGUGUCUUGGAAGAAUUUUUCCACAACUUAAGAUAUAAGGUAGAUUUUGUUCUGAUUUUUAACCAGGAGGGUUAUCCAUCCAGGAUAACUCAAUAAAGUCAGUGUGUCAGCCUGGACUGUCUGUCUUUUCACUGGGGUCCUUUAAUCUUGUCCCCCUGGAAUGUGACCCACACCAAUUGACUGAUGCCCAGGUUCCUACUUACUACUAAGUGAAGAAGGACAUCAUGUGUUGGUAUUUUAAGGUAUGAUUUUAAACCAUAGAUGAAUGAUGGAUUUAAAAUCUUUACUUCAGAGCCAUUUAGAGAAACAAGAGAAGGAAAAGAUUGCUCAAGAAGAUUUACUGGAAGUAUCCAAGCUCACCGAAGGGAGUAUUAAUGAAGACACUACAGAUAAAUUAUUUGAAAAAUAUUAUUGUGAAUGGAAAGGUAUAGAUAAAGGAUUAACAGGUAGUAGUAACAGGUCAAGUUAUUCUGUCAUCCCAAGAUUUUAUCACAAACUUCCUCCAGAAGAUGAUCAGUUGCUACAAAAAUUGCGUGAGGAAUCUCGAGCAGUAUUUUUGCAACGGAGAAGUAGGGAGCUGUUAGAUAAUGAUGAACUGAAGAAUUUGUGGAUGCUUCUUGAUAAACACCAGUCUCUUACAGAACUUGGAGGAGAAGAGCAAAUGAUCAAUUAUGAAGAUUUUUUAAAGGUGGCUCAGCAAGCGGGCCCAAAAUGUAAACAAUAUUUUCAGCCAUCUACUUUUUGCAAAUUGCUUCAGAAUGAUCCUCAUGGACGUAUCUCUAUCAUGAAUUUUUUUAAUUAUGUAAUGCGGAAGGUGUGGCUACACCAAACCAGAAUUGGGCUCUCAUUGUAUGAUGUAACUGGUCAGGGCUAUCUUAGAGAGUCUGACUUAGAAAAUUACAUUCUAGAAUUAAUACCAACACUACCUCAGUUAGAUGGUUUGGAAAAAUCAUUUCAUUCAUUUUAUGUGUGCACAGCAGUUAGAAAAUUCUUUUUUUUCUUGGAUCCAAUGCGUACUGGACAGAUCAAGAUACAAGACAUUUUGGCUUGCAGCUUUCUUGAUGACCUGUUGGAGUUACGUGAUGAGGAAUUACCCAAAGAUCAACAGCAAAACAAUUGGUUUUCAGCCCCAUCUGCUCUUAGAGUAUAUGGUGUGUACUUAAAUCUUGAUAAGGAUCAUAAUGGGAUGUUGUCUAAGGGAGAAUUGUCUCGUUAUGGAAUGGGCACAUUAACUCCUGUGUUUAUAGAUCGUGUUUUCCAAGAAUGCUUAACAUACGAUGGAGAGAUGGAUUACAAAACUUAUCUUGACUUUGUUUUGGCCUUAGAAAAUCAAAAGGAACCUCAAGCUUUGCAUUAUUUUUUCAGAAUACUUGAUAUCGAUAAUCGAGGAUAUUUAAAUGUUUUUACACUAAAUUACUUCUUUCGAUCCAUGCAAGAGCAGAUGCGUCAACAUAAUCAAGACCCUGUAAACUUCGAAGAUGUGAAGGAUGAAAUUUUUGACAUGGUGAAGCCAGCUGAUCCCUGUAAAAUCACACUGCAAGAUCUCAUAAACUGUGGUCAGGGUGAUGUGGUUAGCAGUAUCCUCAUUGAUCUUAAUGGAUUUUGGACAUAUGAGAAUCGAGAAGUUCUUGUAGCUGACAGUAAUGAAGAGCCAGCUCAAGUUUGAAUAAUGUAAUUAAGUGCUAUCAUGAGCAAGCCAGCCCCUGAUCCUGUGUUUGUUUUGAGAGGUGCCAAAUCACCUGUGAUGUCAGUUGCUUUCCUCCAACCAUCAGAGGGAGGAAAAGUUGAAAAGCUUGCUGCAGGAACUCAAGAUGGUG